AUGUCAUCGGAAUUUAAAGCAGGUGGCGGUAAUAUUGAGGAUUCAUUAUCUGAAGAUGGUCUUGUUGAGCGUUUACGUGAUAGAUUUGAAAAUCAGUUUCUUGAUUCUCCUGCAUCAACAACUAGAAGCUUGAAAGCUGAAUUUGAAGAACUUUCAUUUCGACCAACAGUUUCGCAAUACGGUUAUCCACAGACGGACUUUUCCUGUCUUCAAAUAGCAACAUUUAAUCCACAGUAUAAUACUACGACAUCAUCAAUCCUAAAAUCUAAAAAAAUUGAUCGUCAUGUUGAAGAAGAUUACUUUGAAGGAGGACAUAUACGCUUAAAUGCAUACAAUAUCGGUGACGAUUUAGCUUUAUCCGAUUCUGAGCUACCACAAUUAUCCCGUUUCCAGCAAUUGCAAUGGGCAAUAAAACAAAACACAAAAUACUAUACUGAUCUGGCAGCACCCAGAAAUAUGUGCUGCAAUAUUAUGUAA